CUAGAGGGGAACCAUUAAUCAGCAACUGCCUUCACGCUCACCCGGACAGAGCACGCUUCGAAAAGCGACCCAAGUCGUACGCAUAAGGGCCAAGCCUAAUUCUGGGGUUAGGUCGCGAAAUACGAGGGCUUGAGGAACCCCCCUCUCCCUCCAAAGCCUCAACGAUCAGCGGAGAAAUCGACAUUCGCCAAACCGAUCCAGCUGUCUCAACAAGAUUCGCACCCUUCAGGACUCAUGCUUUGAGGGAGUUGCGCCGCCUAAGUUCCAGAUUCGAAUCCUUGUUCCUAUACCGUUCUCUCAGGCCCGCUAUUUUCAUCCAUCGAGAGUACCGAUUAAUUGCUCUAGCGAAUGUGCGUGAAGCUGGCCUUUCGACUGACUGCACGGCAGGACAACCGUGAUGGAUAAUGAACAUCAAAAGUCCAUCGGCCUCCUCGAACUGGGAGAUGGGUUUACUCCAUCACAUCCUCCAUCCGUGUACAGCUGGAACAUUAUCAACGACAUUGCCCACUAUCAAACAACUUCCUCGCGCUCUGCAUCGUCUCUGUCCCUUUGCCGGGGUUGAAGAGUGAAGAAACGAUUCGAGAGAUGGCGGCAAAGCCUUUUAUCACGGCGGAGAGCUUCAUCACCAUCACUCAGCCGGCGGACAUGGUUAGCGACGAAACGCGCUUUGCCGUCGCCUCUCACACGGCCAAGGCGAGACGGCGGAGGAGACGCAAGAUGGCCGACUUUGAGCCUGGGACCACCAUCCACAAGUUUCUGGCUUGGAAAGCACACAACGAGCCCGCCUCGCGGCGCAAGCUAUUAGACGAACCCGAGAGUCGCGACCAAACUUCCGGCGCCGUCGUACCAUACAAGAGCCCGCAGGAUCAACCGCUCGGUAUUCUCAGCCAAGCCAGGAGAGAUCCGUUUGCGCGGUAUGCGGUCUCGGAUAUCCCUGGUCUGGUGGACGAGAUGGUCGACCACGCCGUCCGGCUCUUCUGGCCGGGCUUGACUCCAGACAAAGCGCCCAAUAUGGUCAAUCCGGUCAACGGCGCCUAUCUGGAGGCCAUCCGGAGUUCCCCUCUGGCAUUCUACGCAUACAUGGUCGGAACCGCCGAAAAUUACGAGCUCCUGAGCGGGAGCAACUUCAAGACCAAGGCGUUCACAAAGUUGUGCCUGGCGUAUCGCGUGGAGAUGAUCAAGCUCGUCAACCAAGAACUCCAAGAGUUGACCGGCCCGCCGUCCGACGAGUUGCUGGGCGCCAUCGUCGUCCUCGCGGGCAAUUCGGCCGGGUUCAUCAACCGCGCCAAAGGAUCGUUUCUCAAGGUGGCGAAGCCGUCGCGGUUCAACUCGCCUCUCCGGACCGCGCAGUUCCUCCACGUGUACAGCACCAAUCCGUUCCCCAGCGCCCACUCUGAAGCGCUGGUCCGGCUGGUGAUCAUGAAGGGCGGAUGCUCCCAGAUCAAGUCGCCUGGGGUUGCCAGCGUGGUUGCUUUAUGUGAUUUGGUCAACGCUUCACAGACCAACUCCCCACUCUAUAUCAUUCCAAUGAAUCCACCCACCCUGGAGGCCUUGCAAGACUUGUCUCGCUUGAUGAUAACGGCGGGCUUCAAGUGGGAUCUUCAAAGCACCGUCUGGAGUCACCUCCCACUCGGCCCACCGGGGAGACACGAGCUUCUUCAAGCAGUCCAGGCAAUGCUGGUCAUCAACACCGCGGUCGACUGCUACCUGAGCAAGAACGGGCCGGCAAUGGUCUUCGCCGACAUCGUCAACGCCCGCAACGACGCCCAAUACCUCCUGCUGAGCCUCCUGCCAACCACCGACGCCGACGACGAGAUGCACUCGACCUCGGAGACGUUCUCGGCGCACCUUUCCGAGAUCACGCGCCUCGCGCUCCGCAUAUACAGCAACCUGGUGCUCUUCCCGAUGAACCCCAGCGGCGGCACGGGCCGCAUCCUCGCCGGGGCCCUGCGCGAGGCGAUCGUCGAGAGCGAGGGCGUGAGCCCGUGGCAGCUCUUCCCCGACACGUGCAAGCGCAUGAUGCUCUGGGCGCUGAUGCUGGGUGGCAUCCAGGUCGACGACGGCGUCAUCGAUGCCGAGGCGGAGAGGGCGUGGUUCGUCGAGCGCCUCGGGGACGUCAUGUCGUUCAUCGACGUCCUGGCCUGGCGGCAGGUGGAAGAGUGUCUGACCUCGUUCCUGUGGUUGGACAUCGUUCUCAACCCUGCCGCGGUGGAGCUGUGGGCCGACGCGAGGAGGACGCGGGACCAGGACUGGGAAGCCUUGGAGAUGGAAGGCCUGGCGUUGCGGCCGCGGGAGGGUCUGUGAUCCCUCUUGCCCACAAUGGUGGUGAUUAUGAAGGAUUAAGCCAUAAUAUAAUAGUCCGGAGUCCUUGGCCCGAUCGACACCUCACGGCUCCCGUCGUCGGAUUGACGUCGGGAUACCGCGCCGCAUUUAUAUCAGUUGGAGUGUCUUCCUGGGUGCUCAAGGCGGUGUACAUAUCUAGGAAACGUUCUAGAGUGCCGGGUCCUUUCUAACGGGGUCGGCUAGAUACAGAAUGCGGCGUGUUGUUCUGCCAGGUCCGUACUCAACCAUCGCCCGGGGAGGAUGAGUAAGCCACCCACCUA